UCCCGGACCUUAGCCUGUCCGAAAGGACAAACGAAAAAAAAAAAAAAAAAAAAAGCAGACCGCAGAACAGAAAAUAAAUAAUUUAUUAGUCACUAGUCAGGUUCAUAAUUUUGUUGUUUUUUCUGCAGUUACAGCAUUAUGGAGCCGCCGGCUGCAAUAAUAAGUGUGAACGAAAAACAAGACACUACAGAACUUGGCAGAUACUUUGAUAAAAAUAACUCUGGUAACAUACCGAUAACAUCUCAAUAUACACCAAUUCAAAAAAAACAAACUAUCAAAAAUGAUCCAGUUACAAUCUCAUCAGCUAUGCAAAGUUCUAAUCAAUUACGUAUUAAUGGAGAAGUGGCCCUUACUCCAACUCAUAGCUCCCUUACACCACAUACAACGAAUCCACAUAGUUCUAUGACUGCUAUUACACCCAUGGCAAGCGGAUCAAAUCAAGCUAGGAAUAGUAUCAAGUUUCAGAACUGUGUAUCUACUGUUAAUCUUGGUUGUGAGUUGAAAUUAUUAGAUGUAUAUUGCAGAACCAGAUUUUCAGAAUAUAAUCCUGCUAGAUUUCAAGGUGUUGUUAUGAGAAUACUUGAACCUCGUGUCACUGCGUUAGUAUUUAGGUCUGGGAAAAUUGUUUUUACUGGAGCAAGGACUGAACACGAUUCUUAUAUUGCAGCCAGAAAAAUUGCAAGAAUAAUUCAAAGACUGGGAUUCCCUGCAAAAUUUUUAGAUUUCAAAAUCCAGAACUUUAUUGCAUCUGCAGAUUUGCGAUUUCCAGUAAGAUUAGAAGCACUUCAACAAGCUCAUGGACAAUUCACAUCUUAUGAACCAGAACUAUUUCCUGGUUUAGUAUAUAGGAUGGUUAGACCCAGAGUAGUUCUAUUGAUAUUUGUUAAUGGCAAAAUUGUUUUGACAGGUGGAAAAACAAGAAAUGAAGUUUAUGAAGCAUUAGACAUCAUAUAUCCAAUUCUAAGAAGUUACAGGAAAAGUUAAAACAGUCUUAAGUUUCGGUUGAUUGCGACACAAUUAUACCUAAUAAUUUUGAUAUUAAGAUUGGGAUUAGUUGGUUGAAUGAGAAAACAUUAUCGCAACUUAAUGCUGGAAAGAGUAGGCAUAGGCAGUCAUAGCGAUGUGCGUGUUGAAAUUUGUUACCUACCUACUCAAUCCCCAUUAAUGACUGUGGUUUAGAUAAGAUUAUAAUUAUUUGUAUUUACAGAAUAUCCUACGUCGUAAUAUGAAAUAUUUACAAUUGGACGCUGAGGAGAGCCAGAGUUCCAGGUACCUACGUGUAUGUAGGAAUUUGUAACUUGAUCCUUAUCUAAAUUCAAUUCGUUAAAACGCGUAAAUGAGAGUGAGCUGUCAGGUAAUUUGAAUAAGAGAAUUGGCUUUGUUAGCUGUUAAAAUCUUCCGCUGUGAAGGUAGACUCUCGUAAAAUGGGGUCGAUAGAAACGAAUCUCAACUUAAAACGUGUUUUUAAUACAACCGAUAUGGUUCAAAUUUGUAGGGAGGGUGGUAGUGAGUCUUCGGCAGACUCCAAAUUUUUAUGAGAUUUAGUGCACUUGUAUUGUGAAUUGUUUAACAAAAAACUAUAAUUUAUUUUAUCUUCGUUAUUUCUUUUUGAAGUGUAAUUUCUUUACGCACGCUGGACUUGGGGGGUGAGCUGCCAGACAAUUUUAAUUCCGAAAGCAAGGAACACAAUCCUUAGAGUCUGAGACCUAAUAUUUAUCUAUGAAUAGUGGCCGCCCGCGACUUUUGUGAAAUUAUUUUUAAAGCAAAAAUACAUCCAAAUAAUUUGUUGUUGUCGGCCUGACAGGAAAUCUGUGAAGUUUUAUUUCGUUCAUUUACAAAAAUCAAAGGAUUAAUUAUCAUACAGUCUUGUCUACAGCCUGAUCAGAAAAAUAGUCUAUUAUUUUAUGCCUUCAGUGAUUUCUCAUAAUAAAAAUUAUAUGUCACAGUUUUUAGAAGAUUGAAAUUAAUAUUGUUUAUUUCGAUAUAGUUACACAAAUAUUUUUUUUGCACAUUUAUUUUUGUAAAACGGAACAUUUUAUUUUUGAAACAGACAUGAUGUCAAUUUUUAUACUUUUAUGAUUUGAUUAUUUCACGAAAGUUGUAUCAGAAUAAUGAACACGUUAAAAUUAAUAUAAUAAUGUUUUGGGCUAGUGCGAAAUAAUUAUACACGUUAGGGACAGUUUCUUAGCCAUGUCCUUUCAAGGGCGGAUCCAGCUUUGGCGCCAGGGGGGGGUCAUUUAGUCACAGUGGGCACAGAUGGACCCAGCCCAGGGAGGGUGGGGGUCAAGACCCCCCCCCCCCCCCCUCUGGAUCCGCCCUUGUGUCCUUUUCCGCCUUGAUCCAAAUCUUCGUAUUUAGGUUUCUUUAAUUUUUUGGAAGAUUUCCCCUCCAUCUCUGCUUGGAGAUUUUUUUCUUUAAUUUUUCCAUACUGUGGUCACGUAAAGCGUCUGCCAUCAUCACUUAUCUUCUCCCAUUUCUAUUGCACGUAUCAGUAAAACUUUUCGUCAAUACUCAGUGAUUUUCUUUUACUAGCCAUGUUUGAGGAAAGGAAAGUUUGUGAGCAAUUAAGAAUAUGAUAACGUAUUAAGUCCAGGGCACCUACUUAUUAGCAUGGACAAAAACAGUCUACACGUGCAAUGCCAAUUUGUAAAUGUAAACAAAAGAACGAAUUUCUUAGAAAGUUGGGUUUGCAUGAUGCUGACAGUCGAGUUUAUUACGAGCUAGGAUAAUAAAGCGAUAAAAGAACGUACACAGCUGAGGGAUUUUCACUAAUUUUGGCAAUUUACAAGGUACUGUAACGUCCUUAACGUUGCAGCCUCCUUGUUUAGGUAAACUCUUUGCUUUUGCAAUGCCUACGGUUGGCAGUUAUAUUAAAAAGAUAAUGUCAUGAUUUUAAGAUUUGAAAUAAGGAAUCGUCUGUCUUUUGAUAGAAGGUUCCAUUCAAGAUUAGAUCUUCAGGCACCAAGAAUUUCCUCUCGUAUUUAGAUAAAAUACUUUUAUAUUAGCCUGAAUGAUAAAACAAAAUAAAUAAUUUAUCUCUAUCAUCUUCUUUCAAUUAACGUCUACGCUCCCAGGUUCUAUCCCUUCUGGGUAGAACUCUAUAUGGUGGAGGCGCCGGGUAAUUCAAUCUUCGUGACAUGCUCGGUGCUCCCCUGUUGCCUAAAGCAAGUGCCCAUCUCCUCUCGAGUAUACCACCUAUUUAUGGAGGUUAUUUGGCCAAGAAUCGACAAAUCCUCUUUAUAUGUCCCGAAUAUGCUGUGGAACACGAUCUGAGACGCUUUUUCUACCUCCAAUUUUCCGCAUAUGUAAAAUUCUUGUGACUCGGCCGUGGCUUUCUUAUAAGUAUACCACCCCCCAGCGCCCGUAGUACUGAAAAAGUCGCAAAACUGCCUAGGGUUCUCAUGUUUUUCCCAUACAUGACUGAAUAUGGUUAAGGGGAAGAACAUGCGUGUAGCUUGUCUGGAUGUUGUAAUAAGUAAUAUUUCUGCAAUUAAAGUCGUCAAUGCUGAUAUUUCAGAAGCUUGUCUUGUAUGUUUCGUGAGCUCGAUCAUAUCAUCAAUACAAGGCACAUGAGACAUAGCCCGCUUUACCGCAGCUGCGUACUUGUUUCUGUACAUUCCGUCGCUACGUAACAUGCACAACCACGCAGUCAUGGGCCCCAGGCUCUGUACUAUUGACGACCUUCUUUCAGGCGGAAAGGAAGUUCCCUCAAGGAGGACAUGGUGGGCCCCAGAGAGACCGUAUUUGGAUACUGGGAAGCUUUUAUGAACUCCCUCAGUUUUAGUUAUAGGCAUAUUAUUGUGUCCAAGUCGGAGCUCAUUUGUACGUAAGGGAUAAGCAGCUAACAUAUCCAAAUACGGUCCCAUGGUCCCAUACCAGUUUUCCUUGUCUCCUUGGUCGAAGUUCUUGUACUCCAACUUAUUCUUUUUUGUGAUUAAAAUCCACUUGUCAAUAACCCACUUAUUAUCAACUGGGUGAUCACCCCCUUUAUAAUGUAUUUUGAAGGAGGUACUCUCUGUUUUCUUUAUCAUAUUAGUCUCUGUAGCUUUUACCUUCUGUCUACAGACGUUGUGAACAGUGAAGAUAAUGCUAGUAAUGUGAUUGCCCACUGUAAUAUUGUAUUUGGGGCACUCUGAACUGACAGCGCUUUGAACGGAGUCCGUUUCCAUUUGCUGAGGUCCUGUGUCUGUGGCUCUUGGACCCUCGAAUGCCUUUGCUAACAACUCUUUAUACAUCUCAACUAUUGACUUCAAGCAUGCAUAUUUUCUGCUUGCAUCCAAGUCGAUUUUGGCCCUCUUCGCGUUCUCUAUCUUUUGGAGUGUGUCAGGAUCUACAAUUACAUCCUCGGCUUUGCGUUUUAAAUCUUGCCUUGCAGAUGAUGUCGACAUGGUUGGUUAGAUAGUUGCUGAUUUUGGUUGCCUAUUGUAUUUUCGAUAGAAGGAUCUGUUCAUAAACAAAAUGUGUAAAAGUUCCUUAUAAUAUGUGUAUUGAAAAAAAUUUCUAAUAAAAUGACAAAGUUAUAUUUAAUAUGCUUUUGAAAUAAAAUUCUAAAAUGACUAUUGUAUUGAACCUUAUUUACAUACCACCAUUACUUUAAAACAUUCAUAUAAACAAACUGAAAUAAAAUCUCAUUAGUAACACAAUAUUAUAAUACUAUCAACCUAUUCGGCAUAAUAUAAAUUUUUAUCAUACACCGAAUUAUCACUAUUCCUUUCAUUAUUCUUUUGUAUAUAUUGUCUUUUAAACUUGCACUUAAUAUGUUUGAUUAUUAAUUGUUCAUUAUAAAAGUCUACUAUCGCAUUAUUUCGAAGUAAGAAAUCCUGUCCUAAGAUGAGGUUAUGCCUAAUAUCCUCUACCACAAGAAAAUCAUGAAUGAAUAACACAUUGUCUAUCAAUAAUUUAAGGUUAACUUUCCCUAUAACAGACAAUUCUUUACCAUCGACAGCUUUCAACUUCAUAUCGCUUUCAUCAAUUCGUUGAUGAAUUCUAUUAACUGUGUCCUUCGACACCACAGACACUGCAGCACCACUAUCAAUGAGCCCUACAAACUCCUUGUCACGACACCUUAUAUUAAUUAAUGGUUUGGACUCACUUGUAUACUGACUGUUGUUUUCUGACGGCUGUGAAUGGUGAAUUUCUUUAUCAGCCAUCUUCAUUGAAUCUUCUUCAUAAAAAAAUUUCUUCAUUUGCUUCUUCCUCGUUGAAAUUAUUGAUGGCGGUGAUGAUAUUAAAUUGACGAAAGAAAUCAGUUACAUCACCUUUUCCGUCGAAUGUGGUCCUGGUCUCCAUCUUCAUAAAACUACUUCUUUCUUGAUUUAAAAUUAUUUUUCACUCGCGGUACUUGAAGCUAACGCGGCGCCUCCACCAUAUAGAGUUCUACCCAGAAGGGAUAGAACCUGGGAGCGUAGACGUUAAUUGAAAGAUAUUGAUAGAGAUAAAUUAUUUAUUUUGUUUUAUCAUUCAGGCUAAUAUAAAAGUAUUUUAUCUAAAUACGAGAGGAAAACUCUAUAUGCCUACGGUUGGCAGUUAUAUUAAAAUGAAUUAUUUUUAAAAUUGGUCCUUCGAGCCAUACCAUUUAAAUAAUGCUACAAUGAACAAUAAACAAACAUGAUUGAAUAAAUACAACGAUGUAGUUAAUAGGAUGGUUCGAAGAUUAAACUUAUAGCGCGAUCACAUUGCAAAGAUUUUAUGGACUUAAACUAAGGCAUAUUUGGUAUGUAUUCUUGGUAAGUAAGAUUUGCUUUUAUUAAAUUAAAUUUAAUUCAAGUUUGUAUAACUUAUAAAGCUAUAACACGUUUUGAGCCGUAACUAUUUUUUUGGCCAUUUUUAGUAAAGUUUAUCCUUCUUAUUUGAAAAUAUGAGACUUCAUUAUUAAAUUAAAUUAACCUUUAAAAAGUGUGAUAUUAACAGAAACGUCAUGAACUAAUAAAGUGAGCGCAAUGAUUUCGUUAUUUCAGUAUUCAUAUAAUAUUUUUUAUACAUAUAUUUUUUUAAAAUACAAUACAGUUAUUGUAAAACAUUAUGUACUUUUUUAUAACACAUUUGCUCAAAAUAAGCAUUAGCGGAGGUUGUACACAUUGUUCGUAAGUUCAAAUAUUACGCGCCAUACCGCUGUAAAAUAUUUACCGCACGCUCCCUUGUAUGGCACCGUGCGUAACCUGUAUGGUUUAUUUUUAGUACCACGUCUGUAUCUUUAUUAAAGAUGUACGAAAGUAAACAUUAAUUAUAAAUUCUUUUAGGUUUUGCUCAAAUCCAGUUCAAUGUUUACGAAUCUUAGGAAAUAGUUUGAAUUUCAUUUCGUACAUCUACUUAGUAUGGGAAGUAAUGAAGUUUCAAAAUAUAAAUUUUCUUGAUAUUUAAUGGUUUAAUAAAUGGGAUAGGGUAAAGUUUUGCUGAUAGAUGGGAUAAAAUAAAAAUUGCUUGGGUAAUUUAAGGUAUAGCUAGGGUUA